AUCAUGGCUGUGAUAAACAAAUUCUUUUGUCGCUACUCGAAAACCACUGGAGUAAUAGUGCUAGGAACUUGCUACGUUAUAAUCGAUUUACUUCGGCUAUUCUAUCACCUGGCAGUGUUCUUUUUUCCAGAACCGCUCCGUAAAUGCGCAACUUUGUAUCUAGUACAAUAUUUUGAAAGUGGGUACGCUAUUCGCGAGUUAAUCACCGAUACCAUGAUGAAAAAUCGAACUCAGGCGACGUCGAUUCUUGUUCUAGACCCUUUGACGGAUAUGGCACUGCUUACGAGUGUGAAGAUGAGUGGUUAAAGACCCAAUAAUAUUCUAGUCCCACAGUGCAGUCCGGCCCGAAAGUCGGUUUUUAUGGCGAUUGUGUACUGGAUCCAUAUCCUCGCCCUAACCUUUGCCUAUGACCACACGUUGUUGUCGCUGAUUUUCAUGCCAAUAUUGGCCAUUGAAUUUUAUUUCUCACUGAUUGUGACCAUGCAUUUUGUACAACUUCGCCGAUCCAGCGACUUAAAUGAUGGAAACCCUAGGGAAUCGGCCGGCUAAGUUGUAGAUAGUUUUAUGUCCAUUCAAAAUCACGCAAAUAAUAACCACUCUCAUAAAAUUCAAAUGCUCUUUUAAUCUUUAACCAGAAGAUCAG